AUGCCAGUCGGGCGUGCAAGCAUAAAGAUCAACAAAGAUGACAUGUUUUUGACCGUGCGGGAUGCUCCUUUCAUCAAAGCACGUCAACAUGUGGCAGCCCUAGUGGCGUCAAACCAAUGCCACUUGAAGACCGUUAUGCAGCAGACCUUGUUGUUCUUCGCUGCUGCGCGAUAUGGAGAAGAUGAUGAGGCCCUGGAGCUUUGUGACACUCUCCUUCGGGCUGGAGUCCCGCUGAAUCACCUCGAUGACAAUCGCCAGACCGCACUGUUCUAUGCGGCUCGCCAAGGGCACGUCAACACGUGCAACUUUCUCGUAUACAGCAAAGCCAACGUAGACACACUUGACAAGUUCGGCGAGACAGCGCUUUUUUAUGCCGUUAAGCGUUCCAGAAUCACUGCAGUGGAGAAGCUGCUCGACCACGGAGCCGACUUUGAGAUUGUGAACCACAAGAAUCACAACGUGAUGACAGCUGCCUCGGACGAGCUGUGCGCCAUCUUCCAAGAGGCCCGGAAAAAGAGGCGCCUGGAAGUGACCGAAGGUCCAGUUGAACAACACAAUAAGCGCCCACGAAGUGCGCUUGAGCAACUGGAAGCAUGGGCCGAUGAGUGGCCCAUGCGUCACCCGAAGAUCGAGACGGCGGACUUCAAGCAAAAGGACGGACUUGCUAAAGUCAGAGGGCGGAUACUCCGUUGUCAAAGUGUCAUCGCCCACCACCGCAGCAAAACUUCGGGUUCUGGAAAAGCACUUUGUUGUGGACCAUGCAAAGCUCAUGCAACAUGA